AUGGCGAUGAGAGUGCCCGUUGUCUUCAAAGGAGUGAAGGAGAAGAUGCGGGGCUAUGCGUCCGACGAGGGCGGCUUCGAGCCAUCCUGGCCGUCAAGGCUUCCAGACCCCGAGGCCACGGACAUCGAGGUGGAGGGUCUCGAGGAGCUGCCGGAGUUGCCGCCCCCGGCGCGCUCGAGAUCCCAGUCCUCGACCCGCUCCUCGGCGCCCUCUUCAACCGCCUCCCCCAGGAACGACAGCGCCACGGAGGAGCUGGAGCUCUACAUCAGCUCGGUGUCCCCUGCAAGGAGCAGACGUUCCAGCAGCUGCUCGUCCCAGGGCCGCAAGGAGAAGGAGCGGGAGCCCUAG